UUGUCAUCUCACAGAGGGUGUUUGGGCCCUGCUCUACAUUCUCCUGUUGCUCUAGCACCUCCCCUGGCCUCCACGUUCAGCCAGUCCCCAAGGAGAAGGCAGGGGUCACAAGGAAGUGAUGGGGAAAGAGCCACAGCAGUCAGUGCCUGGCUAUGGGUGCUUGGACAGUAAAUAGUCACCCUGAGUGUGGUCACUACCUUCGUGCUGGGGGAGAGCCCAUACCAGAGAGGAAGGAGCUAUCCUCUCUCUUCAGAACACAGAGCCCCGGGCCUGUCCAGACCAAAGUCAAGACAGAGCAGGCUCCCCGGGCACCCACAAUGCCUGUCGCUGCCGCCCCGCCCCACCUGCCCCUGCCAUCCCUGUUGCUGUCUCUGCUUCUGGGACUCACAGGAACCACAGAUGACACACCCCAGGUGCAACAACCCGAGAUAACACAGACCGUAUCGACCGGGGACACAGUGACCUUGAGCUGCAGUGUGCCAGAUUCAUUCCCAAAGGGACCCGUCCUGUGGUUCAAAGGAAACGGCCCACACCGGGAAUUAAUCUACAAUUUCAAACAAGGUGUCUUUCCCAGAGUUAAAGAAAUUAAAAGCAACAUCGAAGGUGGCAGCACAGACUUUUCCAUCAGUAUCAGUGGAGUCACUCUUGAAGAUACGGGCAUUUACUACUGCGUGAAGUUCAAGAAGGGGAAACCUGACAAAGAGUACCAGUCAGGACGGGGCACCCACGUGUCUGUUCUUGGACUGACAGUAGACCGUAUGGACAGUGAGAAGUGA